AUGGAAAAUAUGAAGUGUCUUGUUUUCUUGAACCUCAGAGGCUGCACAAGUCUUAAGCAUCUUCCAGAGAUUAACUUAAUAUCUCUGGAAACUCUCAUCCUCAGCGACUGUUCAAAAUUUAAGGUAUUUAAGGUGCUUUCAGGAAAACUAGAAGCAAUAUACUUGGAUGGCACUGCGAUAAAGGAACUUCCUUCAGACAUUCGGAAUCUCCAAAGACUUGCAGUAUUAAACAUGAAAGGCUGCAAGAAACUGAAAAAGCUUCCUGACAGUCUCGGUGAACUUAAAGCUCUUCAAGAACUGAUACUCUCUGGCUGUUCAAAGCUCAAAAGUUUUCCAGAAGUUGGGGAAAACAUGAACCGUCUAGAGAUUUUACUUCUAGAUGAAACUGCUAUCAAAGAGAUGCCAAAUAUAUUCUCACUGAGGCGCUUAUGCUUAAGCAGAAACGAAAAGAUUUGUUGCCUACCAGAGAACCUCAGCCGAUUUUUUGGACUAAAAUGGCUUGAUAUGAAGAACUGUAGAAGCCUUACAUAUCUUCCUAAGCUUCCACCAAACCUGCAGUGCUUAGAUGCACAUGGAUGUAGCUCACUGAAAAGUAUUGCACAACCACUUGCACAUGUUAUGGCGACAGAGCAUAUUCAUUCGACUUUCAUUUUCACAAACUGCGUCAAAUUGGAACAAGCUGCAAAGGAGGAAAUUUCAUCCUAUGCUCAAAGGAAAUGUCAGCUACUACCAAGUGCACUUAAACUCGGCAAUAAGGAACUUGUUCCUGAGAUUUUGUUCAGCACUUGCUUUCCUGGAGGUGAAAUAACUUCAUGGUUUAAUCACGAAGCAAUUGGAUGUAAGAUAAACUUUGAAUCGCCCCAACAUUGGAAGUACAAUAAGCUCUCUGGGAUAGCCUUUUGUGCUGUUGUCUCAUUCCAAAACUGCCAAGAUCAAAGCAGAACAGAACGAGAGCAAACCAACAACUUGUCAGCGAAAUUCACUUGUAAAUCCAUAAUUGGAGAUAAGCCUUGCACCGAAACGACUUGGAAAGUUGGACGCUGGACUGAACAGGGAAAGAAAACAGAGACGAUUGAGUCAGAUCAUCUCUUCAUUGGCUACACCAACUGCUUUCACCUCAGAAAACAUAUUGAAGACCAGCACCCCAAUCAAUGUUCUCCGAUUGUGGCAUUCCUUGAGUUUAGUGUGACCAACAUCAACACUAGUGGGGAAGCAAGGUUUGAGGUGUUGAAAUCUGGUUUCAGUUUUGUGUUUGAACCUGAUGAGAACAAAAAUAUAUUCCGGGAUGCAAACUCUGAUGCAAGUCCAAGGGAUGACGAUAUCUCAUGUGAAGCAACAAUCAUCAACGAAACUCCAAGAACUAAUGGUUUUCUCAUGGGUCAAGCCAAUGGUGUGAUGAAUCACCAAAUGGCGAAUGGCAAACCAAGUGAAGCUCAUUCUUACACCAGACUUCAGCAGGGAAUAACAAAUAUUCAACAUUGA